CGGCUCACUGAACAAAUCAAUAAUCGAGCAUCGCAAAAGCACUGAUAAACUGUUGAAUAAUUAGAAAAUGCCAAUUAUAAGUGUUAUUUUGAGGUUUGGGAAAACCAAUUAAAAUAAAAGCAAGACUGAAAGCAAAGAGGUUUUACAUUUUAAUCGGACCCAUUUUAAAGCCAUCAUCAGCAAGCUCAUGAUGAUGCCAGCGAUACAUAAACAAUAAAAGCCAAUGGUAUGUAAAUUUUACCAAUUUACCGCAACAAUGCAAACGAUCCCGGGAAAUUGUUAGACAGGAGAGACUACGGGGCAAUUUCGGAUGAAAUCAUUUCGUCUAGCAUUGUAUGUUUGCAACACGGCAAAUGUGUUGCAGACGAACAUUUUUGGUUGACCGCAAAACAUCAGGCAAUAGAGGCGAGAGCGUCAGGAGAAACCAGUUGGGCAAACGCAAAUUAAAUUUACAAAACCGAAAAACUGAACCAUUCAUUGGCAAGUUCAUUUGCAGCCUGGCUUUUUAGUUCCGUUCGAGCGUGCCUUGAAAAAUCAUUUCAUUGACAAGUCGUCCGAUAAUUGACAGGGUGAAUAACAAUUAAACAGUGUGACAGUGCUAGCCUGUCGUUCAGUCCUCUCCAGCCGUAGUUUUCACACCUUAAAUUCUUGAUUUAUCGAACAAAAAGCCAACAGAAUGUGUGACGAAGAAGUUGCUGCUCUGGUCGUGGACAACGGCUCUGGGAUGUGCAAGGCGGGAUUUGCAGGCGAUGACGCACCGCGUGCCGUCUUCCCAUCGAUUGUGGGACGUCCCCGUCACCAGGGCGUCAUGGUGGGCAUGGGCCAGAAGGACUCGUAUGUCGGCGAUGAGGCCCAGUCGAAACGAGGCAUCCUUACCCUGAAGUACCCCAUCGAGCAUGGCAUCGUGACCAACUGGGAUGAUAUGGAGAAGAUCUGGCACCACACCUUUUACAACGAGCUGCGCGUGGCACCCGAGGAGCACCCGGUACUCUUGACAGAGGCUCCGCUCAAUCCAAAGGCCAAUCGCGAGAAGAUGACCCAGAUCAUGUUCGAGACAUUCAACACACCGGCCAUGUAUGUGGCCAUCCAGGCGGUGCUUUCCCUCUAUGCCUCGGGUCGUACCACUGGUAUUGUUUUGGAUUCUGGCGAUGGGGUCUCCCACACCGUGCCCAUCUACGAGGGCUAUGCCCUGCCCCAUGCCAUCCUGCGUCUGGACUUGGCCGGGCGCGAUCUCACCGACUACCUGAUGAAGAUCCUGACGGAGCGCGGCUACUCCUUUACCACCACCGCCGAGCGUGAGAUUGUCCGCGACAUCAAGGAGAAGCUCUGCUAUGUGGCCCUGGACUUUGAGCAGGAGAUGGCCACCGCCGCCAGUAGCUCCUCGCUGGAGAAGUCCUACGAGCUGCCCGACGGACAGGUGAUCACCAUCGGCAACGAGCGCUUCCGCUGCCCCGAGUCGCUGUUCCAGCCCUCGUUUCUGGGCAUGGAGGCAUGUGGCAUCCACGAGACCACAUACAACUCGAUCAUGAAGUGCGAUGUGGAUAUUCGCAAGGAUCUGUAUGCCAACACUGUGCUGUCGGGGGGAACUACCAUGUAUCCAGGCAUCGCCGAUCGCAUGCAGAAGGAGAUCACCGCUCUGGCCCCGUCGACCAUGAAGAUUAAGAUCGUAGCCCCUCCAGAGCGCAAGUACUCGGUUUGGAUUGGAGGCUCCAUCCUGGCUUCGCUCUCCACCUUCCAGCAGAUGUGGAUCUCCAAGCAGGAAUACGACGAGUCUGGGCCAUCCAUUGUGCACCGCAAGUGCUUCUAAGAGGGAUCAUCGGGGGGAGGAGGAUCGGAACUUCUUCAUUCUGGAUCAGGAGGGCGAGCAGUGAAACUGGAGAAAGUUUGGAGUGCAGCACCAUAAAAAUAUCAACCACAAGAUGAAAGACCUUAACCUCCUGCACACCAUCAUCAUUAUAAUCAUCGUUUUUGGCAUAUUAAUAUGUAUAUAUAUUUCCAGCAUAUUAAUUUAAUAAAUGUACUCCACUUGAGUCACGA